AUGCCAAAGUCUGCUUAUGAACGAAAGGAAAAAAUACGUAAUCAACAGUCUUCUAUUGAUUCAUCUUCUACGUGUUCGGUUGGUGCAGCAGACCUGGAUGCAGAAAAAUUAAAAGAUUUUUAUCGGAGUAUUCCAGACUAUAAUGAUAUUAAUCAUUUGCCCACUGAGGAGUUUUAUUCCACAUUAAAAUCCUUAAGAGAUAAAAAGAAAGUUAUGCUAGGUCUAGCUAUUGAGUUCAUUGAUGACUGUAAUGGAAAUGAUGACAAAGUAAUGAAUAAUUUAACAAUGGAAAAUAGUCGGUUACCAGCUAUGACAAAAAGUGGAAAAAUCAAAUCAAAUCGCGUACCACGGAGAAAAUUAUCUACAGAAUCAAAAGAUUCUAAUAACAAAAACGACCACAACAAUCACAUUACUUCUACCGCUCUCACCAAACGAAGAGUCAAUACUAACACUUCAGAACCAUGUCUCAAACCGUCUGUUAGAAAGAGUGUAAUCCCUCCCAUCACGACAUGCGAAAAGAAAAACGGACACGAGGAUUUAAAAAUAGCUCCAAUGAAAAGUAAUUUAGAAAAGACAAGAACGGAACGUCCUAAAAGAAAUCACUCGGCUUGUUCCAUUUCAUGGAAUGAUGCUAAGUUUGAAAGUAAAAAUGAAGUUGAUCAAAAGUUUGACGAUUUUUUCGAUGGUAAAAAGUAUGAUAGUUGUAUUAGUAAAGAAUUUGAUGGGGAUGAUUUUAAAACGCAAAGUAUGCCUUCAAGUCCUUUAAGAUCAAAACGGUCCGGGUCUCCUAUAAGACGUAGGAAAAGCAUAACGAUCCCUAAGCCAUUCAAAAUGACUGAAAGAGACGAAGAAGACCGUAUAGUCAACGAACUUCGGUGUCUUCGGAAAUCGUUUUCGGAAGACAUGCUUCACCAGAAGAUGGAAAGAAAGAAAUUUAAAGCGAGACCGGUUCCAAUCGAGUCACGCAUUCCUCUCUACGACAAGAUCUUAGAGGACCAAGCUAUGAGACGUGCAAUAACAAAAAUAAAUAGCGAAGCUGAACUAAGAGCUCAGAUGAAACCUUUUAGUUUUACAAAAAGAGAAGAAAAGGGCAUUGGUGGAAUGUGUGAACGAGCUAUUCAUGUUUUACCAAAAAGUAAAAAGAAGAAACGGUUUAGAGCUCGGCCUGUGCCUAAAAACUUGUUUUCCAAUUACUUUUACGACAAAAUGAGGGAGGAUGAUUUCUUCAGAUCUAUGAACAAACGUAUAAGAGCUGAUGAAAUGUUACGAAGCGCAAAUUAUCCGGGCACAAUGGCUGCUAGGGACCGCAGUCGUCUCUCAACUCCAGCUGCUCACAGUGAUCUGCCCAUAGAUCCUUCUCCAGGAGUACCGUCUAUUUCAUCCUCUGACAGACAAAGAUGUCAAAGUCCCACGAAAGAUCGGAAGAAAAGAAAUAAAAAGCAGAAGGAAGAGUUCAUUACUACUAGCCCUCAGCCAUUUCGAUUCAAUACUGCGGACAGGGCGGCCAAGAAAAUGCACGAUGUGACAAUGAAAAUCUAUUCGGAAAACAAAAGCAAUGAGAGCACUAGUGGAGCUGGUAAUGGUCCAGGAGCUCGAGCGUACUCGGCCCUUGACCUUCGAGCAUCUGCAUCAGGCAGGUCCAAUCUAGCAGCCUUACUAAGAGCUGAAGCAGUCAGAAGGAGGUUCGAAAUGGAAGCAGCGUCUCGAUUGGCCGAACAACGUCGCCGCAACGAGAUGAGACUGAGGGAUCGCCAGCUACGAUCCAAACCCGCUUGGCAUCUUGUGAAAAACAAUCACGAGGAGGACAUUGCAAUGAGGCUGCAAACCCGGCGUGAUGAGGAGAGAAUGAGACGGGAGGAGUUUCUGCACGAGAUGGAGCUGAUGUAUGGAAGGGUGCAGCAGCAACCGAUGCUCUUUGAGAGGUACUACGCACCACGAUCACUGUCAGCUCCUUUAGACACGUUACAACUGUCUCCGAGGAAGUCCACGAAGAAACGCAGUUCACGAACUAAAUCCUAUCACUACAAUAGCCCUACUCGAUCCCGCAAAGUAUCGAUUAAUGAUACAGCCGAAACGUACACUGGAGAUGUGGCGGAGUUCCUAAAUAGAAUCGAUAUUGACGACAAAUACUCCGAUUCGGAAAUUGUUACCGAUAGCUUAGACAGAGGGAAAUUGUGA